CAUUCACAGGUUAAGGCUACCUUUCCAGAUAGUCCAACAGCUAACUCAGCAGUUUCCAAGGGCAUUUGCAUCACCUGUGAAAACAUCGGAUCCUUUUACACCAGAUGUUCUUGACAGCUCAUCCCGUCAUUCCCCCUCUGCACAAAAGCUGCUAUACCAGUGGAUAACCAAGACAACUACUGAGCUUCUUUUCGUUAUCAAGUAGAUAUUAUAUCACUGCCAGCAAAACAGCACGAAAAGUAUCUCUUCACGGUACCACUACCGAUUGGGACUAUGCUAAAUAAAUCAGCUUGCCUAGAUGAGGACCCCUUCUCUUCUUGGAUAGCCAGGAUUUGAAGGAGAUAAUCCUACCUGUGCCACUGGUAAGUGACUAAUACUUUUACACACUGAACUGGUCCUGGAAACUGAGAUGUCUUCUUUGUAAGUGAAGAAUAUUCAACAUAAUCUUGAAGAACUGCACAGUGGUGUGGGCCACAAGCAUACUUUAUUUGUGUAAUGGACCGAAAGACAAAGUAACCUUGGUGAAAGGAUUUUUCAUUUCAUUUCUAUUUCCCAGUGUUAGUGUAAUGCUGGCUUAGAUUAUUACCUUUUUCUGGUUCCUUACUCUGUUUUAUUCCGAUGGGUCCUAGAAAUCCUUCUCCUGACCACUUGUCAGAAUCAGAAAGUGAGGAAGAAGAAAACAUGAGCUACCUAAAUGAGAGUUCUGGGGAAGAGUGGGAUUCCUCUGAAGAAGAGGACUCCAUGGUACCCAACUUAUCACCUCUUGAGAGUCUUGCCUGGCAGGUGAAGUGCCUUUUAAAAUAUUCUACAACUUGGAAACCUUUAAAUCCUAAUUCCUGGUUGUAUCAUGCUAAACUCUUGGAUCCAAGCACGCCAGUCCAUAUACUUCGAGAGAUAGGUCUAAGACUCUCCCAUUGUUCCCAUUGUGUCCCCAAACUGGAACCAAUUCCUGAAUGGCCCCCUCUGGCCUCUUGUGGAGUCCCACCUUUUCAGAAGCCCCUUACAAGUUCCAGCCGGCUCUCUAGAGAUCAUGCCACUCUAAAUGGAGCACUGCAGUUUGCCACCAAACAGCUAAGCCGAACACUGAGUAGAGCCACUCCCAUACCUGAGUACCUAAAACAGAUCCCUAAUUCAUGUGUUUCUGGGUGUUGCUGUGGCUGGCUAACUAAAACAGUUAAGGAAACAACUCGUACUGAACCCAUCAACACUACUUAUUCUUACACUGACUUCCAAAAGGCAGUUAACAAACUCCUAACUGCAUCACUAUAAAGAUCUACCAUUUGCUCUGAUAUCUCUGAUGUUGCUAAUUGAGAGAGUGGUACAAAGUCAUUACACAGCCCACCAAUGCCUUGUCAAUCAAACUAUUUUAUGCCCUGGUAAGCCAGUGAGGAUACCCUUUGACAAAUCCUAUGGAUAAAAUGAUAAUAUCAAGGCCAGACUUUGUGGUUCACACCUGGAAUCCCAGCACCUGGGGAGGCCGAGGCAGGCGGAUCACCUGAGGUCAGAAGUUGAAGACCAGCCUGGCCAACAUGGCAGAACCCAUCUCUACUAAAA